GGGGUAAAUGUUGGGGGGUAGAGGGGUCUGAAAGAAAUAGUUGUUUUGUUAGGGCUUGGGAAUUGUAGUUUAGUUCGACAACCAGAGCGGAUUUUAAAUGGCUUCUUUGAAGGAAACGGACUACAACACCCAUGCACCCAACUCUCUAGAUACUUUGUAAACUCUGUGCAAGUUGCGCGUCUGCACUGCUAUUUUAGGUAUGCAGCUAAUGCUAUCUGGUCGGCAGUGAGUAUUUUGUCCGGUUUGGCAGCUAGAAAUAAAUUGAAAGCACCGGGAUUUGAUGACAGCUUUUGAGCGGGGACGCAUAGAUGACAUUUGGCGACAAGAUUUACAGCUGAAUUCCCACUUGACUACACUGGCCAGCAUCCAUAAGAUCCACCACACCUUGCACAGGCUGAACCUGACAGAAGACGUUGGACAGGAUAGCCACCCCUCAGCUUGUUGCUCCAGAGCCAUGCCUCCUAGGAAAAAGAGGAGACCCUCUGCAGGGGAUGACAUGUCAGCCAAGAAAAGUCGGCAGGACAGCGUUUUCAGAAAACAUGAAACAUCACAAAUCCGCGAGGAGGAGACAUUUUCAAGUAAAAGAUGCUUGGAGUGGUUCUAUGAAUAUGCAGGUUGUGAUGACGUGGUGGGUCCGGAGGGCAUGGAGAAGUUCUGUGAGGACAUUGGAGUCGAGCCCGAGAAUGUGGUGAUGCUGGUUCUUGCUUGGAAGCUGGAUGCCCAGAGUAUGGGAUAUUUCACUCUGCAGGAGUGGCUGAGAGGCAUGGGCUCACUGCAGUGCGACUCCACAGAGAGGCUGAGGAACUCGCUCGACUACCUGAGAUCUGUCCUAAACGACAGCACCAGUUUUAAACUCAUUUAUAGAUAUGCCUUUGAUUUUGCUCGGGAAAAGGAUCAGAGGAGUUUGGACAUGAACACAGCCAAGUGUAUGCUGGGGCUUCUUCUGGGAAAGACGUGGCCCCUGUUUCCUGUGUUUAAUCAGUUUCUAGAGCAAUCCAAGUACAAAGUCAUCAACAAAGACCAAUGGUGCAAUGUUUUAGAGUUCAGCAGGACAAUCAACCUGGACCUCAGUAACUACGAUGAGGAUGGUGCCUGGCCAGUUUUGUUGGACGAGUUUGUGGAAUGGUACAAGGAAAGACAGAUGUCAUAGGUGCGGUGCAAAAAAUGGAAAAAAAUACAACUGUGACAACGACUAUGAGAAUCAACAACCAAUAAGUAAAUACAAAAAUGGUAAAGCAGUGACUGUGGGUGCUUCCUGGUGGAGGAGGGGUUCGGGCUGUGGGUGGGCUAGGGUGGGGGCACUGGGUUUCCAGCCUGGGUGCAUGCUGCCCAGAGCGCGGAGGCCUGCCAUUGUGGAGUUAUGUUCCCUACCGAAGUUGCAUAGUGGGCAAGCUUGCAGCAAUCCCCGGUGGCAUUGCUCUCUCUCACUGUGACAUGUCAUAUUGCUGUCUGUGUUAGGAUAACAUGGUAUCAUACGUGGACGAUGAAAGCAAAAUGGUAUUGUGUGGGAGAACCACUCCUCACCCCUUGUCUUCAGCACAGAGAAACCAACAGUGACCAUUCAUGCAUUGUGUCUGAGUCUUAACAGGGUCGCUUUGACCUGGGCACAUCUAAAUAUUAUAUAUCUGUGCAAUGAACUUGAACUUGAGCUUUUCUGGACAGAUGGCACUAACUAUUGUUUGUCAUAUUUUGAGUUAGAUAGUUCUUCAAGAAGCACACUGUGUCAAAUGGUUGAUCGCAGGUUUCCGGUGCCUGUGGUGUUUACUAUUGAUUUGUGCCAGUGAUUUUUUUCUUUUUUUCCCCUCCAGUUUUUGUUCCCUCCUGCUGUUUUGCUCCAGCUAAUGCUAACAGUUUGCUAGCUCCCUGCAAAGGCUUCAGACCUCAUAACACCAAACAAAUCAGCAUUGCUGCUUACUAACUCUUAUUACAGUACAGCGGUGAGCCACUAGUGCUCUGAUCAGCAUUUAUUGGUCCGAUGACCGAUUUAUGUAUCUACGUUCUGUAGGUAAGAGUAUUAUUGUGCCUCAAAACAUGGAAGUCACUUUGUGUGUCCCACACACAUACCAACAAACCCAAAUGUACAUACACGUGUGAGAACACAUACGACACAUGCACACACAGACACACUGAGUGGUCAGGGAUUACUUCAGGAUGAAUUCAGACUGUUUGGGCUGUGUUAUAAGUUGACCUAGAGCUUGUUGGUGUCCAUUUUGUCUUGAUGUGUGGCAUCCGUUUUGUCCUCCUUAGUCCACUGAUAGUUUCAGGUCUCCUCUUACUAGUAGCAUCUCUCCCAACACUGACAGUGUUAUUAUAACUACAGUGGAAGACCAGUGACCCUCUCAGGACGAGGUCCUUGAGGCUUGAGUAGAAAGGUAGGUUUGCUGAAAGCAUUGGUUUGUACCACCCGUAGGAUCUAAUCAAAACAGUGGACACUGACAGUUUGAAACUGUGUGAUGAUGCUAUGCUGUUCUUUUCGCCUAGUAUAAUGUUCUUGUAACACAUGUAUAAAUUUUUGUCUUUGGCUGUGGUGUGAUGCUGAAUCGUCAGAUUUAAUAUUUGCAUGCAUGCUCCAACAGAGCCUUUUGUGAAUGGAUGAGAUUUUUUGAAAACAUUUUUCAAAUACGUUUUUGUUUUGUACAGGAAUUUGUGCAAGUGUUUUGUGCUUAUUUUGAUAUUCACGAUCAUGUUCUCUUAAUUCUGAUGAACAACAUGACUGUGUCUAUUAAGACCUGGAACACACCUGUAACCUCACGGUGGAGCAGGAGUUCCCUCCUGCAUUUACCCCAUCUUUACACAUCCUUACACAUGCUGUAAAGCUUCAGGUAGCUGCAGCCAGUAUACAGGAUGCUAUUUUAUUUAUUUUAUUUACACUGUCAUGAUACCCACAGAACACACAUUAAAAUUUGUUGUGAAGAUAAAACACAUCAGUUCUCAUGUCAUUGAAAUUCACUGCAGCUGAAACUACAUGAAAGCCUCUAAUGUCAUUACAAUGCAUCAACCAUCAGCAUAACAUCUGAGACUGAGAUAGUUGUUGGAUUGCUUACCAAAUACUGUGUAGAAAUCAGUGUUUUAGUAUUCUGCCAUGACAAUGCAGGAGGAUGAACACCCUUGUCCCAACUGUAGAUAUGUAUGUAAACUAUGUAAGUGUCUAUAUGUCUGUUUUCACUAUAACCUAUGUCUAUAUACAUAAAUAAAAGGGUUUAUUAACUUA